AUGGCGGCGCGGCGGGCGCUGCUGGCGGCGGUGCGCUCGGCGGGGCGCUCGGCGGGCGGGCGGCGCGGGGCCGCGGGAGCCGCUCCCGGCCCGGGUCCCGCUGCCGGGCUCUCGGCGGGGCGCUCGGCGGGCGGGCGGCGCGGGGCCGCGGGAGCCGCUCCCGGCCCGGGUCCCGCUGCCGGGCUCUCGGCGGGGCGCUCGGCGGGCGGGCGGCGCGGGGCCGCGGGAGCCGCUCCCGGCCCGGGUCCCGCUGCCGGGCUCUCGGCGGGGCGCUCGGCGGGGCGGAGCCGCCUGUUCGAGCACGUCCGGGAGGGGCUCUCGGCGCGGCCGCAGCUGGACGUGACGGCGCUCAGCGAGCGGGACGUGGAGCAGCGGCGGGGGCCGCUGGGGAGCGCCGAGCUCCGGGAGAUCGUGCGGACGUGGCGGCGGCUGGGGCAGGUCCGGGAUGGCAUUGCCCGGCUGGAGGCCGAGAAGGGCCGCGUGGCCCAGGGGGUCCGCAGGAUCAUGGCCUCCCACGACAAAUCAGCGGCCAAGACGCUCCCGGAAUUGGCGGCGCUGAAGGAACGGGGCCGGAGCCUCCGGGGGCAGCUCCGGGCGCUCGAGGCCGAGGAAUCUGACCUGGAGCAGAGAUUUUACCUGGGGGCUCUGCAGCUGCCCAACAGAACCCACCCUGAUGUGCCUGUUGGGGACCAGAGCCAGGCCCGGCUGCUGGAAGUGGGUUUGGGGGGUGAUGAAGGGUUUGGGGGUGAUGGGGAAUUUGUGGGGGGUGAGGAAGGAUUUGGGGGUGAUGAAGGGCGCCUGUCACACGUGUCAGGCCAUCGCUCCUAUUACCUGUGCGGGGCUGGGGCCCUGCUGCAGCACGCCCUCGUCACCUUCACCCUGAGGAAACUGCUCAGCAAGGGUUUCCUGCCCAUGACGGUGCCGGACCUGCUGCGAGGAGCCGUUUUUGAGGGCUGUGGGGUCCAGCCCAGCGCUACCCCCUCCCCAGUUUACACCAUUGACCCUGCACGCUUCGAGGAUCUGUGCCUGGCUGGGACCUCGGAAGUGGGAAUUGCAGGCUAUUUCAUGGACCACGCCGUGCAGCUGCAGGACCUUCCUGUCAGGGUCGCGUGUUCCAGCACCUGCUACCGUGCCGAGACCGACACGGGCCAGGAGCCCUGGGGGCUCUACCGCGUCCACCAGUUCACCAAGGUGGAGAUGUUCGGGGUGACGGCGGCCGAGCGCGGGACGGAGAGCGAGGAGCUGCUGGAGGAGUUCCUGGCGCUCCAGAAGGAGAUUUUCUCAGAGCUGGGGCUCCAUUACCGCGUCCUGGACAUGCCCACGGAGGAGUUGGGGCUCCCCGCCUACCGCAAGUUUGACAUCGAGGCCUGGAUGCCUGGACGGGGCAAAUUCGGGGAGAUUUCCAGUGCUUCCAACUGCACGGAUUACCAGAGCCGGCGGCUGAACAUCAUGUACAGCGGGGAGGGGGGCCGGCUGAGCCACGCCCACACGGUGAACGGCACCGCCUGUGCCGUGUCCCGGAUGCUCAUCGCGCUCCUCGAGUGCAACCAGCUCCCGGACGGCCGUGUCCGGGUGCCCCCUGUGCUGCAGCCCCUGGUGGGGCAGGAGGUGCUGGCCCGGCCCCCCGCCCCCCUCCUGCGCUACAUCGGCCCCAACCAGCCCGGGGGGGGCCCCCCCAAAACAGAGGGGGGGUCCUGAGGUGGGGAGGGGUCCCCGUGGAGGAGGCAGAGCAUGGCUGGAGCUGGGACAUCGAGGGAUGGACAUGACACGCGGGACAGGGGACACCGAGAACCCUGUCCCGUGUGUCCCCGGGGUGACAAAUCCCGACAAUAAAACCUGGAAAUCCUC